GAACACCUUCACAAUACUUUGCGAGUGAGGUAUUUAGAGCACUACCUCUUCAGCUCUUGGAAGCUGCCUAAUUUUCUAUUUGAGGAUUUGUAUAGAAAAUCAUAUAUUUGUGAGCCUACUUCGUUUACCUUUGUUCAAAUUGCUUUUCUUUGAAAACCUAAAUUUCACAUAGUCAUAGACUUCUUAGGCUUUUUAUUCUUCAAUCUUUGUAAGGCUUUACUUUUAAUCAAUGGAAUUCUUUAAGUCUGCUGCAUCACUCAUUUCAAAGGCGAAUUUUCUGUUUCCUUAUGAUUUGGAUCAAAAGGUACCAUUGGCGUCUGAAUCGGUGUGGACUCUGCAUAACGGAAAAAUAAAGCAAACAGGUCAGACGUGCAGUAUCUUUUCAAUUCCAAUAGCAGCUCGUCCCGAGUUGACAAGGCUUGCUGAACAAUCUGCUGAUCAACUCAAAGGUAUACGACAUCCUUGUAUAAUUAAAAUAUUGGGAACCCACAAAGAUUCUACUACACUUUACAUAGCUACCGAGGUUGUCCAACCAUUGUCAAAUCAGUUGAGCUCGCUUAAUAAUUAUCAGAAAAUAUGUGGCUUAUGGAGAAUGGCUUCUGCACUGUCUUUCCUUGAGGAACAGAAUUGCAUUCACGGAAAUGUCCAAUUGUCUUCUAUUUAUUUGAGUGAGACUUUUGAAUGGGUUUUGGGUGACUUCUUUUUGACUAGCUCCAAUCCUGACACCUUCAAAAAAAACUUUCAAGCACUAAAUCCCUUUACCUCAUUAGCCUCUUCCAUUGUGAGGGAUCUUGUUUUGCAUCGGGACUUUUCACAAGUAGACCGUAUCGAGUUUACUUAUUUGGUCUACCAAGUUUUUAAUCCGACUUAUACUAAAGCCGUCGACUUUAGCCAAAGAGAAAACAUACCUGCUAAUCUGCACAACUCAUUAAAAAAAUUGAUCUCGCCAGAGCCAAAACAACAGAUCGGUAUAUCUGAAUUUUUACGGCUUGGUGAAAGACCUGGUGGAUUUUUUCGAUCCAAUUUUAUCGUCAUGGUCGAUAUGAUUAACAAGUUGCAAAUCCAAAAUCCGGGUGAUUGUCAAAAGCUUUUUGAAUUGCUUAAAACCUAUUUGUCUUUCUUGUCUUCCAAUUAUGUUCAAAAAAGAAUAUUGCCUGUCAUAUUUUUAGCCCUUAAGUCAGAUACAUCUACUGAUGCUUCGGAAAUUUUAUUUUCUAUAGCAUCUGUUACAAAUGAUAAUAAGGACUUUGAAAAGGAUUUUGGAAUCCCUCUCUUAUCUUGUCUAAAGACUACGAAUAACAGAGUACGGUGCUUACUGGUGAACGAGUUGUAUAAGCAUAAUGAUAUUCUGCCUCCAACCUUAACAAGUGAUGACGCUUUUCUGUUAUAUUGCAAUUUUGUCAAAUUUAAUGACUCAAAACUAAAAUUUUCGGCAAUCUUGCUUUAUUCCGCAAUCGCACCGAAAAUUUCUAAAAAAGCGUUAAAUAACGACCUACUGCGGACGCUUGCUUUACUACAGAAUGAUCCUCAACCCUCCAUUAGAAUUAACUCGAUUAUUUGUCUUGGGAAGAUUUCAGAAUACUUGGACCAACAUGUCCGAAUACGUGUUCUAGUAGCUGCAUUGUCUAAAUCACUUAGGGAUCCUAUUGCUGAUGCCCGAAAAGCCGCUUUGGAUGUUAUGCUAGCCACGGCUGGCUAUUUUUCAACAAAAGAACUGGCUACUAAAUUCCUUCCGUGCGUGGUGCCUCUAUUAAUUGACGAUAAUGAAUCUUUACGCAUUUCAUCCGAGGAGGUUACUCAAAAAUUUCUUAAUCGAAUCAAAGACUUUAACAAAGGUGAAGAAGACAAACCAAUUGAAGUAUCUAGCAAUUCUUUUCUUAACAUCUUCUUCCGUCCGUCAUCCACACCCCGACCAAAAGAAAGCAGCGCAAACCGUUCUAUAGGAUCUUCUAAUGUUCAAGGUUCAAACAACGAUGAAGAGACCAAAGGAAAGUUAGCAAAUAAUAUUUUAGCCCAUGAAAGAUCUGAUGCUGCUGCAUUUGAUGUUGAAACCGAAGAUCAACUUGAUGAGGAGUGGAUGCAAGAAUGGGAUGAUAACGAAGAAGAAUUAAGCAAUGAGGUUGAAAAUUGGGGAUUAUAAUGCUGAUCACUUUCUUCUGUUUUCAUUAUGUUUUACAAAGAGCUCAUUUGAAAAAUUAAAGUAUGGUACACUAUGUUGAGAAAUAAAGAAUGCAAUCUAUCUGUAAAGUAGAAUAACCGAUGAGUUUACCUCGAAGUCGAGAACUUAUUACUUUCUUCUAUAAUAAGGAAUAUGCUAUUUCAAUAUUAACUGUAACUUUUUCAAUCUUUUAUU